AGAUAGCAUCCUCUAAUACCGGUGAGUGCUUGGAACGAAACUGCCCCAGCCCCUUUGCAAGCUGCUGAUCGAGAAACUUUUGCAGUUUUUAAUUCCUUGUUGUCGCCACCUUCUCCUCUUAAUUCAAUCAGAAAGGCUAAUGGAAGGGCAAAAACUGAGUGGAUCAUUCGCGCAUUCGUUGUUACUUACGGUGGUUGUAUUUACACUGGUUUGUAAUGGACAAAUGAUCAGUUUCAAUGUGGAAAAGGUAAUCCCAAAAAACAAUAGUAAUUUAAUAAGCCUAUAUGAAGAGUAAGAUAGACAUGGGGUGAAUUCACUUUCUCAAUUUUUAAUCAAAGAAUUUGAAAGAAUGCUUUUGGUUAAUCGAGACUCUUUUGCUACUGGAAAAAAUGAGAAAGAUAUCAAUGCAAAACCAGAGGUCAAUUUUUCAAGGGAUGCUUUCCAGGGUAAUCAGUGCUCAAUAGGGUUUGAUUGUGAAGACGUGUUUUCUGAGAAGAUAUUAUCAUAUUCAGGAGAUGAAUUUCUUGGUCAUGCUUCAGAAAGCGAGAAGAGAACUCCCAUUUCAUCGAUUCAGGAUUUAUGGGACUCGGACACCAAUCAGGUCGUUUGUCAUAAGGCUGACCUAGUCACAAAGGAAAAUUGUUUGCCUACACAGAACCUCAACACUCAAAUGAAAAUUUACAGGAAAAAGCACCAGCGAUCACACCAUAUGAGGACAAGAUCCCAAUCUCGCAUGGACGAACGGGCUUAUGAGUCUUGAGGGAACCUACUAUUUUAUAGGGCUAUUUUAUAGGGUGUCUUAUAAUUUAAUACUUUGGGCAGGGCAUCUGUAUUCAUUUUUGUUUCUGUUUCUUUUUUCAUCUUUUCUUUGUACUCUGUUUUUCUCAUUAAUAAAAAUUUCCUUUUGAAAAAAAAAAAAAAAAAAAAAAAGUAAGAUAGACUUAGGAGUGUCCCACUCUUGCAGCAGUACAUUGAUGGUGCUGUAGAUCUCCCCCUAGGAGGAAGCUUCGACGUUGGGAUGUAUUACACAAAAAUUUAUCUGGGAUCUCCUUCCAAAGAAUUUUUAGUCCAGAUUGACACCGGAAGUGACGGUCUGUGGGUGAACUGUAUAUCUUGCAAGGACUGCGAGCACCAAUCCAUGCUAGAGGUUCACCCCUCGUUCUUUGACCCAUCCACCUCUUCGACGUCGAGUUUCAUUCCGUGCUCUGACGACCGAAUAUGCACAGGAGAUGGUUUUGGAUGUUCUUCCCAAAACCGCUGCACCUACACUUAUCACUACAUUGAAGGUUCUUGGGCCCUGGUGGAUUAUGUGACUGACUUGAUCCAUUUAGGCAAAUAUAUUGGAACUUCCACUAUCAACACUUCUACUCCAAUUAAUUUUGGAUGUGCAACUCACCGGCAGGGCGCGGAAAGCCGAACUGCAACACUUGAUGGUGUACUGGGAUUGGGCAAUAACCAAAUGUCCGCUGUGAACCAAUUGGCAGCAAAAGGAGUAAUACCCUCUGUAUUCUCUCACUGCUUCAAAAGAAGUGGCGGCGGUUCAUUUGUUCUUGGACAGGUUGCGCAGCCCAAUGUUACUUACACUCCAAUGGUGCCCGGGUAUGUUUUUAUCAUAUAGAAAAGAAGUGAAGUUACAGGAUUAAUUUGCACCCACUCAUGCACUGAUGAUGCACGCACUCACCACACUAAUCUCAAACUUAAUUGAUGAGGCUUUUUGCAAACUAUUUACUCCUUGUAUAUGUUGGAGGUAUUGGUCCUACCAAGGCCUCCCUUCCACUUUAUUUGUUGAGGCUUGCACACUCUAUUUUAUUCUCCCUUGGAUACCUUUUCUUUGGUAUAUAUCCUGAUCAAAUAUAUACCUAUUUUGAGUAGUUGACUCAAUCCACUUGGCUGGCCCCUUCUCUGCUUCCUGUCCGCUGCACUCCUUGUCUAUGUAUCAUGUGAGGCUUUUUUGUAUAGCUUCACCCGUGACCCAUUUGUCUUGGUCUUACAUGUGACUUCCUAUCUGUCAGCCAGCCUACUAUAUAGAAGCCUUGCUUCUCCCUUUGUAGAGCAGCCUGCGUGAGUGAGUAUCCUUCCAGAGAGCAGAGCUCCCUUUCUUCCUCCUUUGUGUGAGCAUAAGAUAGGUCCUUAGUGGAGAGAAAAAUAUGUGUGUGCUAUAGCCUCCUCCUAAGUGGAGUGUGUGAGAGUAUGUGUAGAAAGACCUGAGCCGGAGACGGAUAUACGAUCCUUACAGUGGUAUCAGAGCCCGGAGCCGCCGUCUGCCGCCGCCGUCCGCCGCCGCCGUCCGCCGCCGACGUCAAUUGAAGCUCGCCGGAGGUCGCUGGAGCUGCCUGGUUGUUCGCACGAACUCACUGGCUUUCCACCGUGGCUUCUGCUUGUCGAAAUCAGGCUUGUCAGAAGCUCAAGUCGCCGAUUGCAGAGGCCCUCGCCGGAAAUUGAAGCACCGCCAUCGCCCACCUGGUGAUUGCAGAGCCGCCGCCGGAGUUUCUAGCUGCCGCCUGAGAAUCGCCGACCACAGUCGCUUGCCGCUCGCCUCUUGCCGUCGCUCGCUUCCCGCCGUCGCUACCUGCGAUACUUGUGGUUCGCAGAAGGCUUGAGUCUUUUUUUUUCUUGGAAAGCAGAGGGACGAACUGGUAUCGAAGAGCAUCGAUAUGCUCUUUGUUUAGUUUGAUGGGUUGCUAAAGUGAAUUAGGCUUGUGGACUAUUGGGCUUCUUUGGGCCUCUGGGCCUGGGCUAGCAUUUGUUGCUGUGCUAGAGAUGGGCUGAAGCUGCUGGACCUGGACUGGAGCAGUCUGCUGGGCCGCUGGGUUGGUGUUGGACUGCUGGAGCAGGAAGCAGUCAACUGCCGGUCAACCGCCGCCGGUCAACGCCGGUCAACGCCGGUCAACGGCAGUCAAUCCUCCCGAAAAAUCCCAUUUUUAAAAAUUUGGGUAGGUAAGGUCGAAACGCUCUCCUAGGGUUUCGCGAAGGUAAGUUUUCUGUAAACUUCUUAUUUGUUACAUUCCGGCUUUAAUUUAAUUUAAUUUUAUUCCCCCUCCCCGCGGGCCGCCGGUUGAUUUAAUCCCGGCCGCCAACCCCCCAGGUACGUACUAAAACUUUCUCCUUUGUGGUAGACUGUUUUAGUUAAUUAAUUAAAUUGCUAAGUGUUAUUUAAUUUAAUUGUGGUUUAUUGGGUGGUAGGGGUAGAAUUAAUUAAAUUUAAUUUUUCUGCCUGGAAUUGUUUAAAUUGCCAAAAUGUCCACUUUUUUUGCUAUGUGUUGCCUGCUGCCCAGGGUUAAUAAAGUGAAUACUUUAUAACCCGGGUUGGAUUAUUUUCUGUCAUUUCUAUCUGUUUAGCUUUGUGUUCCUUUGUGGUUGAUACCAUGGCUGCGAAUCAGUAUGGUAUGCUCCCAUUUAAUGGAAAAACAGAUUUUGAUAUUUGGAAACAGAAAAUAAAAUGUGUUUUAAUACAGCAAAAAGUUUUCAGAGCUGUCACUGGUAUUUUCCUUGAAUCAGAAGAUAAGGCUAAGCAAAUUGAAAUGAACGAAACUGCUUGUUCUACUAUUUACUUGAAUCUGUCUGAUUCUGUGCUUAGGAAAGUGGGUAUUCUUGAGUCCGCUAAGGAGUUGUGGGAGAAAUUGGAUAGUCUCUAUACUGAUACCUCUUUACCAAGAAAGUUGUUCUUACUAGAGAAAUUCUUUAGGUUUAGGCUUGACCUGACUAAGGAUAUAGAUGAGAACCUGGAUGUGUUUAAUAAACUGAUACAGAAUAUCAAACAGGCAGGUGAUAAACACAUAGAUGAUUACACUCCCAUAGUAUUACUUAAUGCCAUUCCCGACUCUUAUAAUGAUGUUAAGUCCGCUAUUAAGUACGGUAGGGAUGAGAUUUCAUUAGACAUUGUGGUGAAUGGGUUAAGGAGUAAGGAAUUAGACCUGAAGCAUGCUAGGGGUAGUGCUAGUCAGUCCAGGGACUCCGGUGAGGCUAUGUUUGUUAGGGGUAGAUCUAAGGGUAGGUCUAAGAACCCUAAGCAAAAUAGUCAGGGUAAGAACGCUAGUCAGCCUGGGAGGAAGAGGAGUAAAUCUAGGAAGAGAGUGUGUUACAAUUGUGGUAACACUGGCCAUUUCAUUAAGGAUUGCCCCCACCCUAAGAAGACCGAGCAUGCUAGUGUAGCUGUUGAUAAAUGUGACCUUGGUGAUAUUUUGAUGGUUUGUGACCAUGCUAAUUCUGUGAGAAAUUCCCUGUCUGAGCAUGAAUGGUUGAUUGACUCUGGUUGUACCUAUCACAUGUCCCCCUUUAGAGAUUUGUUUUCUACAUAUGAAUUAUGUGAUAGUGGCUACGUUUCCUUAGCUGAUAAUAAGAGAUGCAAUGUGCUUGGUGUUGGUGAUAUAUGUCUGAAGUUUUCUUGUGGCUCUGUGUUUACCAUUAAGAAUGUGAGGCAUGUCCCUGAUUUGUGUCAUAACUUGUUAUCUGUUGCUGCUUUGGAGAGUAGUGGGUUACAGGGAAAAUGGGGGAAUGGUUGUAUGAAAAUCCUGAAAAACUCGCUUGUUUUGUUUAAAGCUGAGAAGGUGAAUAACCUUUAUGUGUGCCAUGCUAAACCUUUUGCUGAGUCUGUGAAUGUUGUAUGUUCUGAUAAGACCUCUUUGUGGCAUAAUAGGCUAGGACAUAUGAGCAAUAAGGGUUUAGAUGUCAUGCGUAGGGCUGGUUAUUUUGGUAAGGACUCUGUGACUUCUGUGCCUUUCUGUGAAUCAUGUGUGUUAGGCAAGCAGCAUAGAGUCAGCUUCCCUCCUUCCUCUUACCCUAAUCUGUCUAAGUGUUCGUCUGUGCUUGAAUAUGUUCAUGCCGAUGUUUGGGGUCCUGCCAGUGUUCCUACCCACGGGGGUAGGAAAUAUUUCCUUUCUAUCAUUGAUGAUUUCUCUAGGAAGGUGUGGGUUUGCCUUUUAGAACACAAGUCUGAUGUGUUUGUGAGGUUUAGGGAGUGGAAAACCCUAGUUGAAAACCAGACUGGCAGGAAGGUUAAGACCCUUAGGACCGAUAAUGGGUUAGAGUUCUGUAAUAAGGAGAUGGAUAAGUUGUGUGUGGAUUGUGGGAUAAAAAGGCACAAAACUGUGCCUUAUACUCCCCAACAGAAUGAGAUAGCAGAGAGAAUGAAUAGGUCUCUAUUGGAUAAGGUUAGAAGCAUGUUAGCUACCUCUGGUUUGUCUAAGAAAUUCUGGGGUGAAGCAGUCACUACUGCUGCCUAUUUGGUUAAUAGGUCCCCGUCUGUCCCUCUUGGUGGUAAGUGUCCUGAAACCGUUUUUACCGGUAAGCCUCUUGAUCUGUCUAACCUUCGGGUGUUUGGUUGUGCAGCGUAUGCACACCAACAGGGUGACAAGUUGGAUCCUAGGUCUAAGAAGUGUGUCUUCCUAGGUUAUCCAGAGGGGGUAAAGGGUUACAGGUUAUGGGAUAGGAACCAGGUAGGCUUUAAAGUGGUCCUUAGCAGAAAUGUGGUGUUUAAUGAAACUGAUUUUCCUUGCUUGACCAAGUCUGUUUCUGAUCCUGAGUCUAGGUCUGAUAGUACUCCUAGUGAGGUGGAGUCUGUCCCUGUUGCUGCUGGUCCUUUGUCUGUUGAUCCUGUUAUUACUGAUGAUAUUGUUAUGCAUGAUUCUGAUUCCUCUGAGCAUGAUAGUCCCACCACCUCGAGUGAGGUGGAGCAUUUGCAUGAUACUGAGCAUGAUUUGCAUGAUAUGGGUGCUGAAUCUGAUUUUCAUGAUAACAAUAAUUUGCAUGAGUUGCAUGUGGAGCCUAGUAGUGAUAAUUUGCAUGAUUAUCAACUUGCUAGAGAUAGGAGUAGAAGGGCUAUCAGGAGAACUGCUGAUAGUAUGCCUGAUUAUGCUUUCAUUGUGCAUGAUACUUCUAUGUUUGCAUUUUCUGUGUUUGAAUCCCUAGAGCUGAAUGAACCCAAGACCUACCGUGAAGCCUUAGGUUCCAAAGAGUCUCAGAAAUGGAUUAGUGCCAUGAAAAGUGAGAUGGACUCUUUGAGAGUGAACCAGACUUGGACCCUUGUACCUAGACCCCCUAACUGUUCGGUAGUUGAGUGUAAGUGGUUGUUUAAGGUUAAGGAAGAACCUAGUGAUGUUAGGUUUAAGGCUAGGUUGGUUGCGAAGGGGUUUACUCAAAAAGAGGGGGUAGAUUAUGCAGAAAUCUUUGCUCCUGUUGUUAAAUUCACCACUAUUCGUAUGAUGCUUGCUUUAGUUGCUCACCAUGACUGGGAAAUGAAACAGAUGGAUGUAACUACUGCAUUUUUGCAUGGUGAAUUGGAUAAAACAAUUUAUAUGACCCAGCCUGAGGGCUUUGUGGAUCCCAAGAGAAGUGAGCAUGUCUGUUUGCUUAGGAAGGCAUUGUAUGGCCUGAAGCAAUCCCCUAGGCAGUGGAACAUCAAAUUUGAUAAAUGCAUGAUAUCUUUGAAGUUCCAAAAAUCUGUUUGUGAUCAUUGCCUGUAUUUCAAAAAUACUUCUUCUGUGCCUGUAUUUUUGUUACUCUAUGUGGAUGACAUGCUGAUAAUUAGUCCUUCUCUGAAUGCUAUUAAAGAUGUGCAGAAAUGUCUUUGUGCGAAUUUUGCCAUGAAAGACCUAGGUGAUGCCAAGAGGAUCCUAGGCAUAAACAUUGUUAGGGAUAGGAGUAAGCGUACUCUUACUUUGAAUCAGAUUUCUUACAUAGAAAAAGUUUUGAGUAAAUUCAAUAUGUUGUCUGCUUCUCCUGUUAAUGUCCCUAUGGCAUCUCACUUUGUGUUAAGUAAGGACCAGUCUCCCAAGACUGCUCCUGAAAUUGAGAAAAUGAAAUCUGUGCCUUAUUCCAGCGCAAUAGGGUCGGUGAUGUAUCUUAUGGUUAGCACUAGACCUGAUAUUGCAUAUGCGGUUAGUUGCUUGAGUAGAUAUAUGUCCAACCCUGGUUUGCCCCAUUGGAAUGCUCUUAAGUGGUUGCUUAGAUAUCUGAUUUCUACUGUGAAGCAUGGAUUAAUUUUCUCUAAGUGUGCUAGUGGUAUUGAUUUGAUUGGUUAUGUUGAUUCUAACUAUGCAAAUGAUAGAGAUAACAGGAAGUCGACCACUUCUUAUGUUUUUACUUUGUGUGGCUCUUGCAUUAGUUGGAAGUCUCAACUACAGCCUAUUGUGGCCCUUUCUACCACUGAGUCCGAGUAUGUUGCAGCCACAGAAGCGUUUAAGGAAGCCAUCUGGCUCAAACGCCUUGUCUCCGAAAUUGGGUUUCUCAAAAAGGGAGUUACCAUUUUCUCGGAUAGCCAAUCGGCUAUCCAACUUUGCAAAAAUCCUGUAUUUCAUGAUAGAACUAAGCAUAUUGAUGUUAGGUUCCAUUUCAUACGUGAUAUUGUUGAUGCAGGUGGAGUCAAGCUGUGCAAGAUCCCGUCCGAGUUUAACCCCGCGGAUAUGGGUACCAAGUGUCUUUCUGCUGAGAAGCACUUGUCCUGUAAACGCGUGUUAAACUUUGAUUGUGGAUAACUGUGGGUUGCCUAAUAAAGUGUUUGCCCGUUGUGUCUGUUGAUAUUCCGGGUGACCCGGCGAUGAUGAGUCUUGUCACAACUUUGUUUUGUUACUCUACACCACCUAGGACCAAUAAGGUGGAGAAUGUUGGAGGUAUUGGUCCUACCAAGGCCUCCCUUCCACUUUAUUUGUUGAGGCUUGCACACUCUAUUUUAUUCUCCCUUGGAUACCUUUUCUUUGGUAUAUAUCCUGAUCAAAUAUAUACCUAUUUUGAGUAGUUGACUCAAUCCACUUGGCUGGCCCCUUCUCUGCUUCCUGUCCGCUGCACUCCUUGUCUAUGUAUCAUGUGAGGCUUUUUUGUAUAGCUUCACCCGUGACCCAUUUGUCUUGGUCUUACAUGUGACUUCCUAUCUGUCAGCCAGCCUACUAUAUAGAAGCCUUGCUUCUCCCUUUGUUGAGCAGCCUGCGUGAGUGAGUAUCCUUCCAGAGAGCAGAGCUCCCUUUCUUCCUCCUUUGUGUGAGCAUAAGAUAGGUCCUUAGUGGAGAGAAAAAUAUGUGUGUGCUAUAGCCUCCUCCUAAGUGGAGUGUGUGAGAGUAUGUGUAGAAAGACUUGAGCCGGAGACGGAUAUACGAUCCUUACAGUAUAUAAGUUUAUCUGUCUCAUUAUCUUUUUCACGUAGUUUAAAAUAAUUAAUAUACAUUUUAUAAAAAGUAGGAUGCAUAUAAUGCAUAUGUUUUUUUUAUGAGCAGUUGAGCACACAUAAACACACGCACAUUACUGACAUUAGAAAUCAUGAUUCCUUAGAAAUGUAUGGAUGUAAUUUCUCUAAAAUCUGCUAUAUAAUUAACGUGCUUCAAUUCAAAUUGUCAGUGCAAAUUACCGUGUGGAGCUCCAGAGUAUUUAUAUUAAUGAGCAACCAGUACCCAUUGAUCCCCAAGUAUUUGGUACAAGCAAUGGAGGAACUCUAAUAGACUCUGGAACCACUAUGGGUUACAUUGUGAUGGAGGCAUAUGAUCCUUUUGUUAAUGCGAUCAACCAAGUUGUGUCAAGUAAUGUGUAUAUCUAUAAUGGCGAGGGUAGGCAAUGUUAUGCCUCCUCAUCUAGUGUUUUUACCAUUUUUCCAUCUAUCCGUUUAAAUUUUGCUGGGGGUGCAUCAAUGGUUCUCCAGCCUAUAGACUACCUUAUACAUGAAGAUUCGGUGGAUGGAACGAGUCACUGGUGCUUGGGGUUUUCUAAAUCUGAGAAAAAGUCUGUCUUAGGAGGUUCUCAACCAAUCGAUGUAUCAAUCAGCAAGCCCAGCAGAACUAAGAGGCAACACCCUUCACGCCAUUUCCACUGGACAAUAAUACUGCUAUUUGUUGUAUUAUCAAUUUUACUCUUCUUGCUUUUAGUACUGGCAGUACUGGCUUGCUUAAAUUAUGUACAGCAAAACAUGUUGGGGUAAAUAUGACCGUGUCAAUCUUUCCUUUGUUAGCAUGAUUAGUCAAUAAUUGUUGCGUAGUAUUUCAAUUUGUAACAUAUUUACUACUCCCAGGCUUUAGCAGUGGGUUAUUCUUUGGAAAAAUAUGACAUUUAAU